AUGGAGACUCAGCCAUGCAUUCUUUACUACGACCGGCGUUCCAUAUGCUCUUCGAUGGUACGGUAUACUCUUGCCAAUGCGGGGUUGCCGGACAAUUGCUUGCCACUCUCUGUGGAGCUUCGAGAAAUCGACAUUUAUACCGGCGCACAGUUAUCCGAAGCAUAUCUAUGCGAGGUGAACCCUAAAGGGCAGGUUCCGGUUCUGUUGUGCCCUGGUCUCCUCGAAAAGCCGAUUACGGACAGUCUUGACAUUACCUUCUGGCUAUGCGAGAGACAUCCUGGCCUGAGACCUCCGGAAUAUGCAGGUGAUAUCAACAGACUGCUUCGCGAUCUGCAUGCCAUCAACUUUUUCUCGCUUUCGAUGAGGAGAAAUCCGCAGAGAGCAGAAAUGCAGGAAGCGAAGAUCCUCGCUCAGAUGAACAAGCCAGACAUUUCAGCUAGACACAAGAAAGCCCUGGAGUACAAGUUGACCGUAAACAGUUCAGAGAAGGUCGAGGGAGUGCGCCCCGAAGUCAUCAAGGAGGAGAUUGAACGUGCGCGUGCUCUUCUCAAUGACAUUGACGGGAUGAGACGCGCACAUAACGAAAAGAACUUGACGGCAGAUGCGUGGAUCUUUGGUACGGAGGUUCCAACAGCGCUGGACACGACUUUGAUUUGUUUACUGGCCAGGUUGAUGGAUGUCCAGUUGGAAGAGAUCAUCCCGUCGGCUCUGUUGGAGAUGGGGCGGGCGGUCAGGGCGACGACCAAGUUCAAAGAGAUCUGGUUUUCGUUGUAA